UCGGCGAGGGGCCCCGGUGACAACGACGCGGUGUAGUGAAGUGCGAGUGCGGUGCCGUCCGACCUUGCAGCGGGGGAGGGGAGCCACAGGGCGGAAGCAAGCCGCCCUUUAAGCGAUGCCGUGAUGGCAAGAGAGGACUCUCGCGGGAAGAGGCCCUUUAAGCUAUGGGACGGGCAGCGAAGUGUGCGCAAGGGGUUGGUGGUGGGCAGUCUAGAGGAGUUGGUGCAGAGAGGACGCGAUAAGUUGGGCGUCGGUGCCGUCGAGCCCGUGCGGCUUGUGUUAGAAUGCGACGGCACCCAGGUCGAAGACACCGAGUAUUUCCGCACGCUUCCGGCGAACAGCGUCCUUCUUCUGCUACGGCCUGGGGAACGUUGGCUGCCUGCCGGCGUCGAUGUCAUCCGAGCAGUAGUUUCCGCCAUCCCUCGUAUCGUAUGCGAGACGAUCAACGCGUUGGAACUGCAAGAUGAAACGCCGUCGUGGAAGAUUAUGGACAACAAGGGCCGGGUCACCGUGGUACUGCACUGGGAUCAGCGUCCUGGCGGGCGGGCGGAGGCGCCCUCACCCUCCAAGUUCUCCCCGAGUAAGCGGGCGCCGACGACCACGGCGAAGAAGCAAGACACGAUAAUCGACGGUAGCCUGCAGCCACCACCGCGUUACGCCAGCCCCCAGAUCACUGUGAUAAACCACGACGAGGUGCGACCUAUGUCCGCCGUGACAAAGCGGGCCGGUUCGUUAGAGGGUGCCGCGGUGCACGUGCACACGCACGAGUGCGCGCACCACGUACACAUGCCGCGUGCCGGCAGCCCGCAGAACGGCACCAUCGAGUGCGACUUUCAUUGCUGCGCCCUCCACGAAGAAGGGAGGAAGAUUGCCGUGCACAAGUCGGUGGCGACGUCGCCCAUACAGGAGGCCUCAGCGCAGGCCUCGCCUCAACCACGACACGUCCGUUUUUUAGACGUUGAAGGUGGCGGCCGAGGCGCCCUCUCCGAGCACGAGUCCUCCGAAAGCGAGACGGAGAACACCGUGAUGGAGGACGAGGCCGUCACCUCCGAAAAGUUCCUGCUGCUCAUCGACCAGCUAAGCGUCGACCAGAAACGCCACCUGUCCAUCAAGGAUAUCGGCAUCAUCCUCGAGCGGCUAAGCUCGAAGAUCCUGGACGUGGAGCGUCUGGACCGCGAAUCCGAAUCGGACGACUGCUACAACUGGACGAUCAAAGCGACGAUCCGGGGCGCGGACAUGCGCGAACUGGGCGUCAUCUACAACGGCAACUACUACGCGAUCUCCGAGCACCCGGGCUACCGGGAGGAGAACGAGGGCGUACUCGAGGAGGCCGAAGAAGAAGAAGAAGAGGAGGACCGGCUGUGAACCUGUGUCUACUGCCAAUCAUUGCGCACAAUCCGACGACGAGCGGACUAUAGAAACCAAACACACUCACACAUACACGCGGUGCGAAAUCACAUAUCGGAUGUGGGACGAACGAACGCUGGGCCGGUUUUAAGCGACGUUCACCGCGCGCCUGGACUCAUUUCUAUCUGCUUUGUACUUUUUAUAAAUUACUUACAUGUCGGAUGUCGCUCUCGCGGGUAAGUCUACUCGUCCGGAUUUCCGUCGGAGGCCGCACGACGAACCAGUGUUCUGCGCCAGUUGAACGACGAGCAAGUAGUGACAGGUACCAUUCGCCGAGCGCCUCGCUAAAUCGCGAAUAAUCAUUGUACAGGUCCGUCUCUUAAAAAUAGCGGGGCACUCUAUUCUUCUUAAAGAAAAUCCGCGUCAAAUUCCGGCGCGCUAGCUUAGAAAAUUUCGAUAUGAAUAACGUAAUGACUGAUCAGUUUGCUCUUGAUAAUCAAGCGGAGUUUCCACGUGCAUGUUUUACCGGUGUCGAUGUGUCGUCAGUUUAUUGAGGCUAUUGGUGCCAUAGUUACUGGCUCUAGUAGCCAUUACCACAGAUCUGCUUAUUUUUUUACUGGCAUAACCAUCACAAUGACGUUUGGUGCGAUUCCAAAGCCACCAAAGUCCACUUGCAAGUAACUUGCGAUAGUUUUUUUGCCAAGUAUUUAAAUUGUUUUAAAAUUGAUCACCUGAUUGCCUCAAGUGAUUCUAGCGAAUGCGUUUGCCCGAAAAUGUGUACACGCACUUUAGAAAAAUAUCGUCUCGGCAAUAAUCUGUUGCGGUUGAGACAUGGUUGAGUUAAAAAACAAAUUCAGUGACAAAUUCAGCGGAGCUGCUAUCUGAAUUGACAAUGGAAGAACCACAGCAGUUAAAACAUUUUUUACUUAUAACUGAGGAGGAGAUUUUUUUGCUCAAUUUGAUGAAAAACGAAAUAUUGAAAAAAAAAGAUACCAAAAUGCGAGAAACCAACACUUCGCUUUUUAGCAGCAGUGAAUUACUUAAAAUAACACACACCUGUACUAGAAAUUUUAAAUAUAUUUUCAUUGUCAUAAACAAAAGUAAUAUAAUAAUAAUAAAAUAUAGUGAGAUAAUCCAUCUACCAGCAAUAAUUUUGCAUUAAGAAUGAAACACAUUCAGUAGCUAGUUUCAUAUUCCUCGUCUCUUUUUCUCUUACCAAAUUUCAAAAAAAAUUACAAUUUGCUUCCAAUAUUUUGAAAUUUGCUUAGAUUAGCCGUGUACAAAUUUAACAAGUCAGCAACUACUUGGCUUGAGAGUAAUUUUCCAUCAAAAUUUGUCUAGCGGUGCUGUAACUCGUGAGUUGUAAAGGCAAAUUUUCAUACACGUGAACACGAGGCUUUAACCACUAGCGGCGUCAAAAACAGGUAGACACAUUGAGCAAAAAGUGUAGAUCUUACAAUACCUUUAGUAAAUCUUAUCACAACACCCCAACAAAAAAUUAUACUUGGCCCCUUGACUUUUAAAUGUUCUUCUGAAAUUUCAAAGACUUGGAAAGGUAUUGAGGAUUACAUAUGACCCAAAAUCGAAAAUAAUCUUGCUACUCAAAUACUGCUGCGUUCACUAUCCAAUGAGUUAAACUUCUUGGCAUAGUUUAAGAGAGUUUGGGGUAAGAAGUUUUUUCUUUAAAAUGUAAGCAAUAACCGAGGCAAUAAGUAAAAGAGCAAAAAAGGUUAUUAUCUCUUUUUAGUGCCUAAAAAAGCCGAGUUAUUAAAAAACCUUGGAAAGUAAAAAAAAUAUUUGAAGUGAGGUACGAUUUUUUCAAAGAAAUGUGUUAAACAAGGCAUACUUAUGAGCAGAUUUGAAAAAUAAAGUUAAAAGAAAAGAAUUAGGGUGUUGUUUGCAUCUGAAUAAAGACAAAUUUCUCCAGACAACUUCCUCGGUACUUUCAUACUUUCGCUACUGUACAUGCUAGGAUUAGAAAUGAAGACGCGGUUGAAAAGAGCAUUGUCAAAACAAGUUUUAUUAUUUUAUAACAAAUGCUAUUCGCGAGUUUCCAAGAAUUUAGAUAUUGACUAUAAUAUCGCUUUUAAGUAAGAAAUGUUGAAUUUUUUACGUGCAACAGACAUGUAAUACAGAACCGACCAGCUGAGUGGCGCCACAUGCAUUCGGCAGCUCCGCUUAAAGCCGUAAUUUCUAAACGGCCCGUGUCACAAGAAAUCGACCAAAGCAAUUGAAAUGUUUCAAAUUAGAUAACGGUACAUUCGGAGUAAAUUUUAAAAGUAAACUGGUCGUCAACAAAAUUUUAAAUAUUUUUCGAGUUCUACCCAUAGUUUUACAAUUCUUUGAAGGUUCAGAUUUUACGGACUGUUUUAUUUUCUUCUAUAAUUUGUAAAAACGAUCUACAAAUGAAAUUGAAGAAACCAUUCUCAAGGUUUGAGAUACCGUUUACUUUGAUAUUGUGCUUAAAAUUGGUUUCGAAAUUAGGGGCGACUGACAACGGCGAGUAGGGCGGGGAUGGCAGUAGGCGGCUGCCGUGCGAUAUCCGGGCUCAGUCAACACACGAUUCUAGUCGAUUUAAGGUUAAUUAUUUUUAAGACAUUAUUAGCAAAGUUCAUAGACACGAAAACUAUUUAUAAACAAAGUUGUUUAGAUAAUUACAAAUAUUUAUAAUUGGGUUACGAUUGUACAUUGCUCAAUUACCCUUGUUUUGAUGAACAACGUGUAUUUCACAUUAUUAAUGAGUAUAAUACGAGCGAAUCCGUUGUGAUACGAUCGCCAGUAUCGAGGGUGAUCGUCGUUACAAUUACUAAGUAUAUAAAUAUAGCUAAUUUUUUCAUGAGAAUGGAAAGGACUGUGUAGGUCUAUAUUAGAUAACAUUAAAAAAAAAAACAAAUUGCGGGAGCUGGGGGGCGGGGGGUAGGAAGGAGCGGAAAGAGGCCACUCGCCGCCCGUUUUUGUGAAAUUUUGUGUGGGCUUUUCAAGGCCGAGACCAAACUCGCGCUCCUGCAGUAGGACCGCGUGCCACAUGGAGUAAUUCUACUAUCGACUAAAGUCAAUAUGUCAAAUAGCGAGGUGGUAUCGAUUAAGCUUAGAUUUUAAAAAGGUUGGGUUAUACCACGAAGAAAAAUUUAUAGAAUAGCAGAAUUGAAGAAAAAUAGAGAUGAAAAAUCUUAUAAAGCAUAGUCCACAACUUCAGAGUUUUGAGAGCGACCCUAAUCGACCUAUAUAGAUAAUUAAAUUUCCUUCAGUUAGUUUUUACGCUCUAUUAAAUCAAAAAUUAAUGUUUGGUUCAUUUUGAUGAGUGGAUAUUAAUGGGAAAGGAUUUUUAGCAAUAUUGACUUCAAAAUUUGAUAAAUUGACAUUGUUUGAAGUAAUUUUCAAAUGUUGUAGCUAAAAUUUCUAAAAAUGAAUAACCAAAAAAGACGAAAACAACUUCAUGAAUUCAUUCAAUGAAACGUAAAAUGUUUAAUAACUAUAGUAAAUUUCAUUAAAUUUUAAAGGUACAUUAUUAAUGUUUAUCUAUUAAAAACGAAGAAGCUGUAGAUCCGAGUUUGUAAGAACCUUUAUCUCUAUUUCUAAUUCUAUGUCUAACACCCUAUGGGCUGCAAUAUUCGCCACUUGCACCGGUUUUCAUUUUAAACAUUUUCUCAAAAAAAUACCUUUUGUGACGUAAUUACGCUUCAUAUCGGUACCCGAAGUAAGUAUAGUGAGGAUGUCAAUCAAUAUGGUCAGUGGUUUUUUAUCUAAGUUCAAGAAAGUAGGUACAAUAAAGCAAAAUUAACAAAAAUAAAUUAAUGGAACGCAUUGCGAAGUUGCUAAAUGAAAAUGAUAACUGUUAACAGUAUUUUAAAUUAUGCAGCAUAAUUCAAUUGCGAGUUUAUUGGCCGUGCUCGUUGAUGGUAGUUUUAUGUAAUAAUAAUAGUAUUCUGUAAAUUUUCAUAGAAGGUAUAACGAGUUCUCAUGCAAAAUAUGACAUUUGAUAAGCAGAAGUAACCAAAAUUUUAAUACAAACUGACCUAUUUAAAAUUCAAGCUUAAACAACGUGCCAACGACCCUCCGUUUUCUAAGCGGUAUUUACUUUGCAAAUCUUCUCGAGUUGGGAAAAAAAUAGAAUUUGACGUCACGUGGACCAAUCGCAUGGCGUCGGAUGACACUAUCGAUGUUAUUAUCGAUAAUAGAAUGAUAUAAUGGAAUCUACGUGACACGCAGUCCUGCAUUGGGAAUUUGUCGCCCCCGCCCACCCCGGAUCCUAACCGUUCGAACAACACUGCCAACUACGACAAGAAUCGUCGGCGAUGUGAUGGAGCAUUUUCUCGGAGAAAAAGAAACUCGCGUAAGUACUGCGGUGUAGGAAAGCAAGCGAAAAAAUGUUUCCUAAAAAAUUUACUCUUUGCGGUUAAUGACGGAACAUUCGAAUUCGAUUAAGGUGCUGCCUCACCAUUAACAUCACAGGCCAUAAAAAUGCCACUUCUUAAAAAUUGAAACAAAUUAACACUGAUUUUGUUAUCUACAUAAUAAAUACGGUGUUUGUAAUUUUUAGUAAUAAAAAAUGUAGCUCGGGGCAUCGAAUUUGCGACACCUCAAAUGUUAUUUUGUUCAAAAAAUACGGCUUUAAUGCCACAAAAUGUGAGACACCCGGAAUGUAUGCAAAAAAUGUUAUGUCAAAUAUACAAAUGUUUUUAUUUGUAGAUGCUUCAUAUCGCUGCUCUUUAAGGUAAAUGCAAAGGGUGACACAAAGUCUGAGUUUGGAUCAAUUUAGUUAGAUCAGUUAGGUCAGAAAAAUGGCAAUAUAACGCCAUUAUUGUUUCUAUUAUGAAACAGCUAUUUAUCAAGAUCCAGUCAUUGCUACACUAUGCGUUUGGAUAUUUAGGGUUUCAUUUAUUUUCACAGUUUAAUUGUUAAGUUGCCCCUCCAAAAUAUAUUCAUUGCGUUUUUGGCACAUAAUUUUAAAAAAUGAUAACGUUUACUUCAAGAGUCAUUUAAAUAUAUAUUCGACCUAAAUAUCACAUUAAAAGGCUUCGUUAGAUUAUCUUUUUACCUUCAUGUCUUACUGGAAACAAAGCAAAGAACAUAAUGAAAUAAGAUGCGUGUAUGCGCUAUGAGAGAAAAUGGCGACAGAUUUCCCCAAUAGAUAUUGCACCGUUAUGUCUCAUUUACCUUCAACUUUUGAAUUCCUAAUCUUGUACAGUUAUUUACCAGCAAAUUCAAAAACGUGCAAAAAAAUCGUCAGCUAAAAUCAUGGAGUUUUGACUAUUUUUUAAUAGUGAGACAAAUAUCUAUUUUUUGUUAAAUUCGUCUUGACGAUUAGGGGUGCAGGACAAAAUUAAAUUUUCGCACACAAUUCUUUCCUAAAACUGACAACCCGUUUAUCUGUCAAAGUAAUAAUAAUAUUUUUUUUAGAUUUUAGUUUAUAUCUUCAGGUAAAUAUAGAGUGUUUAAACAAAAAACCAGUUUUAUGUUCAAUAUUUGUCACAUUGUGUGCGAAUUCCUGUCAAUACUAUCACGUGUCUGUCAGCAUUUUGUUGGCUUGGUCGAUAUUAGUCCAUAUUUCUCUGGUAAUGUUUUCUACAUCACCCAAGGAGGCUUAUGAUCGCUAAGCUACUUGAUAGCGUAAAUGUUCUAUGGUUUGGCCUGCGUGGAGACCAGUCGAAUGUUUUAAUAUUCCCCUCAUUUAAAUAUUUUGUACUAUUCUUACAGUAUGCGACAAAACUUAUUCUUAUUUCAUUUAGUAACUGUGAUGAAGACAUGAAGACUGGUUUUUCUUAAAACUCUCUGUACAUGCUUAAAACUUAAAUUUCAAUUAAAUUGUGUUUCAUAAGAUUAUUUUUGAACAUGCUACACAACUUUGAAGUUGAACCAAAUUUAAUGUCGCCUUAAUUUUGAUGCGUUUACAAUAAGAACCUUCAAAUUGUUAUUGUACGUAAGUUUGUUUUAUAUUGGAGUCGUUCUUUGCCCUGUUUUGGUAGCCGUACUUUGGAAUCUAUCUGUUUAGCAAUUUGAUUAUGUCUUUGUACUUAAAUCAGAAACCGUUUUUAACGAAUCUAUUUUCGAGGGGGCCGGAAAAAUUUUGCAUUUAAUAAUUCGCCUUUUCACUUCCAUACCGCGUUCUGGCUCGCACCGCCCUCCAGAACGAGUGAUUACGAGGAUUACCAAUUCUCUUCGCUCUGAUUUAAAGAGAUUUCAAUAAACGGGGCGAUUAUGUCGUCAUUAAAAAUCCUCCGGCACAUCGCCGACGAGAAUCGUCUAUCUCCGUGCAAGAGAUAGUGAGCGAGGGGGCGGUGGUCCCACGCGCACUUUUAUUCCGGCCGGGACCGCCGCCGAGCGACGUAGAGUGCGCGGUCACUGACCCGCAGACACACUGCCCCAAUUGCGCCGCCGGGGAGUGCGGGGCGAGACGGGGUCUCGUUCACCCUCCCCCCUUUUACGCAAUAUCACUUCGUUUUCCUAGGUCUUUGCUCGCCGCGUGCCAUGGCUGGCGGCGGGAGAAAUGGGUUUGUUGCUGGCGCGCGGUGCGGGGUGAAUUUUUUUAAAUGGGUCGGCGGGGAGGGGCUUCGCUCCUCCCUUUGAUUUGCGACGUUAUCGAUCCCGUUUCGUUACGUUACCUGUAGUAGUAAGAGAGGGUCGGAAGGGGAUAAGGGGUUUGUUUGAUGUUUAUCGAAACGCGUACCAGUGUGUUAUUACGUCGUUGGCGUUCGCGUUAUUAGUUAGAGAUUUCAUCGACAUCUGAUUACUUUCGUGGUCGUUUACCCGACAGCAUGGUGAAAAUGCCAUUGUGCCAUUUGGAAUUUUAAGUUUAAUCGGUGUAAUUAGCGCCGGUUCCGUGUCAGGUGGCGAUUUGGCCGCCCUAUACCUAAGAGCUCUAAAUUGCUUUCUAGUACUCAUCCAUAAUUUGAAGAAGAAGUUUAGUUUAGGACAUCACCUCGUAUACAUUCCUGUGAAAUUGGAACCCCACAAUUUAAUGCGAGAUAAAAACCUGAAUCUGAACUAAAAUAGUCAGGCACCACCACAAAAAUUUGAAUUUUGGUCUUUCUUGGUCGAACUUAAUUAUUUCAUGUACAUUUCUUAAAAAAUACGAUUCUAAUAUUUCUUCUAAAGAGACUCCCUCCUUCUUCGCCUUCAUGUAGAUUUAAUCUAAUGAAUUCGAAGCAAAACAAACACUACAUGAAUAACGUCAUUGCCAAAUGUACUCGAUGAUUCUUUUUGUGCAAGAGCACCCAGGGAGGAAAAUUAUUAAUUAACAAUCUGAAUUUUUUUAUGAAUUGUUUAAGAUAUAUUAGUUACAAUAUUUGCACAGAAAUUGUGAUAGUAUUGCCCCGAUGAUGCGAUUCAUAGUUAUUCGCAAUGCAGUGGCGUUCCCAUCGCAAGAGAGUUAGGGACGUUAAAAUGAUUUAAAAAAUCUUAAUUGCAAGCUAAACAAAUUAAAUCGGAAAAGGUUGUUUUUGUUUUUUUUUUUCAACGCGAGUCCAUAUUAAAAAUUAACAAUGAUGUUUCAAAAACUACGACCUUUUUUCUUAUUGUAAGUCGCUUAGAGUAACGGUAAGAGUAAUAAGAUUAAAUUGUCCAAUUCCCAGGCGCCAUCUUGUGCGAUCGUGUACUUCUUCUUUGUGGAGAUUUCUUGCAUUGCCUGUCUUCCUUAUGGCCAGGUUCCAGCUCUGUUUCGGUCAUCCUCUCGCGUCCUCACUCCAGCGGCUAACGAGUCCGAACCAUAUUAGUUGUUUUCGUUCUACGUCCUCUGUUAUUUUCCCCUGAAUGACCAUUUGAUCCUUUAUUACCUCGUUUCUAAUCCUGUCUCCCUAAUUUUCCAAGUUUCUGUACCGCACAACAGGCUGCUCUUGAUCGACCCUUCAUAUAUAUUGAAUUUCCGUUCCGUUCAGGCAUGCUGUAGCUCGUUUCUCUUAUGUUAUUCUGGGUUGAAUCUCUUGUUCGUCGGAUCCGGAUUGGUCAAAGAUCUCAUGCAAGCAUUGAUACGAGUCUCAUGGAGAUUUUUGUUCCUCGGUGGCUACUUCCAGUGGCUAUGCUUGAGCGCCGAUGCACAAAUAUUUCGUCUUUCUUAUGUUCACUGUCAGUCCCCAUUUUCUGUAUUCUAAUUAUUUAUUCUUCUUCUUAUUAUUAUUAUGAUUAUUAUUAAAUUUAAAUUAAUUAAUUGGCGCGCCCCUUAUAGAAUAAUUAACAUAAUUGUAUGACAAUUGCAGCGUCUUUUAAUUAUUAAAGUCAUUAUUUCAAUUUAGAAUUUCCUAAUCGAUUAAAACGAGGUAACUGAAAAAAAUGUUGAAUUAUUAUUACGAAAUUUUAGGCAUAGUACGAUUCUUGAUAAACGUUUAGUAUGAAUUCUUGGAUCAUUUUUUCUACUCAUUUUUAACUUUUUCAAAAGUUACCUUAAUUUUUUGGUGCCUGGUUUACUUUUAGACUAAGUUUCAGAUGGAUCAUCCCCAUUUAUCUUAUUUCUGAACGACAACGUCAGGAAGAUGUGGUCAAAUUUGUGAACCACAACUGUGAUCCACAUACGACAAAUUCGAACAAGGCGAACAAUAAUAAUUAAGCAUUUUCCAUUCUAAUUAGUACCCAAAACUAACCAAUGGAUUCAUUAGAAUACGCUACACUUUUCAUAAAUUGCUGAUUAUUCUCUGAGCAACUCACCAAAAUAUAAAUAAUUUAGCUUCAAUGUUUUUAAAAAAGAGUUUUGCAAAUAUUUUAAUUUUCUCGAAAGUCUUUGCUCUAAGCGAAUUUAAAUUUUCUCCAUUUUCGUGAAAAGCUUUCGAAAAAUUAAUUAUUGUUAAAAAAUAUCACCUAAUUGUUUAGGUUUUAGAAACUUUUUACAUCAUUUUCAUACCGUCUAAGUGUGUUUAUUCGAUCCGUUCUCGAUACGAUUCACUGCCGACUAUCUAAUUCGUCUAAUAAAAAUAAUUAAAAUACCCUAAAGAGAAUCUUGGAAGCUUAAUCUUUCCUAACGAAAACUAAGGAAUGAAAUAUAUCCGCAAAUCUCCCUCUCAUUUUAAAAUUAUGUUCAUAAGUAUCUUUAAUAGGUAAUCCGUAAGAACAGUUAACCGCGUGAACCUGUACAACAUUGAAAGGUCCUAUAAGGAUUCAGGCAAUAUAUAUAUAUAUAUAUAUAUAUAUAUAUAUAUAUAUAUAUAUAUAUAUAUAUAUAUAUAUAUAUAUAUAUAUAUAUAUAGUCGAUCUCGUAUUUAUGUUAAAAACCAAAAAAUUUUCAAAAUUAUAUUUCCAUUUUCAAAGCACUUCAUUUGCCAACAAGGCAUUAUUUUUUAAGUUAGUUACGCCACUAAAUUAACAAUCAAGAACAGAAACACUCAAAAUUGCACAAAGAAAUCAUUGCAGUUACGAACGUAAACGUUAAAAAACGUAAUAGUAUAGUGGUAUUCGCGUUUAAUUUUUAUUAGUGUGGUUAUUGCUUUAGCGAAUCGCAAAAUUAUUCAGUUUUACUAUAAUUUGUCCCGUAUUCGAACAAUACUGCGAAAAGAAUGGUGCAAUGGCAUGGCGUCACUGUCGCACUGGCCGAUUAUUUUGGCAUCGCUUCAAAACAUAAAACAAUACCGUCUCGUCUCGGUUUUAUAUAGCUAGAGUUCUACAACUCCCAUAAAUCGAUUUAACAACAUUACGGGUUCAAAUGCCUUGAUUAAAUCCUUUCCAAAGUAAUGCAGGAAAAAUAAGUAGGUCUUCUCGCUUCGUACGGAGACUUUUCUUCGGCAUAAAACUUUGCAAGUAUCGUCGAGGAUACCUCGAUGCGAAUUUGUUUACCAUCGCCAGCCUAGGUAGCGAAUGCGGGCAUUGUGAAUAACAUUAUAGCCUAUUCUAUGCGUUUGAGUUCGGUUUGGUUUAUCUAGUAAAUUAAUGUUAUGUAUAGUGUAUCAAUUUAUUGUAUCGUUUUUUAACAUUUAAUGCCGAACAUCCGUAUGAAUCAUGGAUAAAAGACAUUUUAUAGUGUUACUUAACUUGAGUUCCGUGCGUAAAACGAAUUACUAUAUAAACAAGUACAAAACUUCGGUUUUUAACGUUUUUGUUCAGAGCUUCGCUGGUUUACCUCAGAAGGAGUUACUAAAGGACGCCACUGAAGUAAUUUUGUUUUUUAAGUGCGGGCUAAGGCAUUCGCAUUAAGGAUUCUGAAUUUUAAAGCCCAAAAAAUUGAACUCUAUUUGUAACUAUUGCAAUUGGCCAACAGAGAAUUGCCAUUUCCGAAAGUAAUAUGUGUCACUUAUUUACAUGACAUUACCUGCUGACAUGCUUACACAAUCAUACAAUUACGAAAUAUUGAUGUUGAUGAUUAGCGAUAUCUCAACAUUUAGAACGCAUGCAAUCAUUGGACAACUAAUGGCAGAUGGAUUUUUGAAAAUAAGUAAAUAGAAUCACCUGUUCAUAAGCACUAAUCUCGCACACGCUUACAAAAAACGUAUGUGGUAAAAUGUGCCAAAAAACGGGAAUAAAAAUGUGCCAAUAGGAACAUUAAGAACUAUUUUUCGACUUUGUCCGGUUAUUACUGCAAAUUCGCUACAAUUUUAGUAUACGGUUUUCGUUAUAAUAAACCGUAUUCGCGUAAAUUAAAAAAGGUGAAAUUAAAACAACAAAAUGUUUCUAAGAAUAUCAAUUCUACAAAAAGGCAGACAAGUCUUGCCCUUUAGAUUUUUUUAAAAAUUAGUUUCUUUGAAUAAAUUAAAUUGAAACUUCAUACGCACCUAUACCACUGACAGCUUUUUUCCUAUUUCUUAAAUUCCUUUGAACAAUAAUUUGUAUGCAAAAUUGUAUCUGAUCUAUGAGAAAAUAAGUGUGAUGCAGUUGUUGUUAGCAAAUUUAUUUAUAUGUUUAUGUAUUAUUACUUACGUACAGGCCGAUAUACAUAUUGAAUAAACAACAACUCCAAAGCAAUAGCAAAACGCAUUAGUAGUAAAUUAUUGAACUUUUCGUCACCCUGAGUUCAUUAUAUCAGAUACAUAUUUUUUCCCAAUGCAAUUAUUUUCCUUACUUUUUCGGACAAUAUAAUACAUUGUUCAAUUGCAAGAGACGUAGGGUUGUUGACCAUUACAUUGUACAAAUAGAUGUUUGUGCCGUGACCAUUGUAAUUAUGAAAGUUAUUUGCAAAUCACAUUCGUAAUGUUUCAGUUUGCGUGAAAUAAUCACAACUUAAUAGAACUCUAUUCCAAGCACCAUAAUUCUCUUAAAUGUUAACAAAUAUGAACAAUAAAUGGUAUAUUUUAUUUUUCGGGGAAGUUUCUACACUUCAUGACCGCACCUAUUUGCGUAUGUCCUAUAACCAAACCUAGAUAUUUUGCUAAAGAAACCUUAGUGCUGGCUUCUUUAUUUACGUAUUUCUAAAUGGCAGAAAUCUGUACCUCGUUAAGGGUGCUCCGCAGUUCAUAGCAACUUUUUAUAGUAGAAGUAUUUUUGAAAUUACUUUCAGUUUUGAGUUUUGUAUCUAGGUCGCCAAACAUUCAGUCUAGCAUAGACAGUAACGUAACCCCUAACUGCUUUAUGACGCGAGUGUUUUUCAAUUGGAGAUAGUCUGGUUUUUGUUUUCGACUUCAGUGAGCGUCCUAUGGUAACGCGAAAGCCAGUGUCCGAGAUAUAACGUCAAUCACAAUGAUGGCAGAAAAACAGAACGAAAAAUUUUCCUAAACGUGGCCGUAAGCGUCACAAGCAAUUUCUGUAUAGUUUUGUAAACUUUUCUCUUGAAUGUACACGUUUCCGUUUUAUAUAAAUCGAAUUAAUGGGCGAUCAAAGUGUUUUUUUUCUUUCCGAAUACGCGUGACGUCCGUGUAUCGUAAACUUUUCAGAUCGGCGCAUUGCCGAAUGUAAAUUUUCGAUCGCCCGCUGAAAUUGUGUAUAUGAACUGCAAUAUAUAAUGCUGUAUAAAUUUUUCAAAACAGACCCUAAACCCCACACCCCGCCAUCCGAGUAAAAAGAAACUAACAGUUUUUAAUUUAUAUAAUUCGAUGGAGUUAAAUGGAUUCACGCAGCGGUUUCAAUUUCGAACCGACCUUUUUCAUUUCGAUAGGUUUUGUUAACU